AUGACAUUUCAUCAAACUGAGAGUCCCAAAGCUGAAAGAGAGGAAGUUAGUACUGAGACUAGACUGAGAGACAUAGAGCAGGAAAAUAUGAACAUAGAUGAGAGUCCACAGGUUAGACAGGAGGGUCCCAGAUAUAGAAAUGUUCCAGAACAAAAACCACAAGAAUCAGAGACUGAUGAAUAUGAUUCAAGGGACAUUGAUGCCUCUCCAGAAAGUGCUACCACUGCACAAGCCAGUCAGAUGCACAGAAACAAGCACAGAGAAGGAGAUCUAGUACACAGACCAGGUUUCAGAGGGCCAAGGGGCUAUGCAGGGGUGAUGGGCCGGACGGGCCGUACUGGGUACAGAGGACCGAUCGGACCGCCCGGUAUGCCCGCUAUCGUAGUGUGGAAAACAUCGGAAGAGGAAUGGCAAGCUUUCAAGAGAGUGAAGGGGUUACCAGGGUCUUUGGGACCACCGGGAGAUCCUGGACCACCUGGGAGGAUAGGACCUGUUGGGAUGCCAGGCCCACCUGGUAGACCAGGACAAGAGGGCACAACAGGCAAGGACAAAGAGAUGGGCCCACCGGGGCCACCCGGGGAGGAUGGCCCAAAAGGCUAUGAGGGAGAGAAGGGCAGUAAAGGGGAGCUGGGUGAGUGGGGUGACAUUGGAGAUCCAGGGCCACAAGGAACCAAAGGAAGGAAAGGAGAGAAGGGAAACAAGGGAGUGAAGGGCCAGGUUGGGGUAACAGGUUAUAUUGGUCCACCUGGAUCCAGAGGGCCACAGGGAUUCAUUGGAGCAAAUGGUUCACCUGGAGAGUUAGGUGGAAUUGGCUUUUCUGGCUCACCAGGACCACCAGGACAUAUGGGACCAAGAGGGUUAAAGGGAGUUCCAGGUGUCAAUGGACCACCUGGACAACUUGGUGAGAUUGGGCCAAGGGGACCACCUGGAAAACCAGGAGAGGAAGGGUCUGAUGGCUUUACUGGUUUUCCUGGAGUUCCAGGUCCGCAGGCAGCUUUCUCCACAGCAACGCCUUUAGACAUCUGUUAUUCAAACAGGGAGAUGCAGGAAUUGAGGGAGUCAUUGGAAAUCCAGGACCACCAGGCAUUAAAGGCACCAAUGGAAAAGAAGGAAAAAAUGGACCCUCAGGGUUUGAAACCUCAGCGUGGAACGAAAGGUGAUCCAGGACAACAGGGAAAUCGAGGUCCUCCAGGGCAGCCAGGUAAACAAGGAUUCCGAGGCAGAGGAGGGCAGUCUGGAGUACAGGGAGAGAUUGGCCUUAUCGGCCCUCCUGGUUUACCAGGACCCACGGGCUUUGAUGGACCUAUGGGAGACCCAGGGAGACAGGGAAAAGAUGGACUGAAGGGAGAGAGAGGUCCCCCUGGUAUCCAAGGAGUUCAUGGGCCACGAGGUGACAAGGGUCGGAUUGGUCAAAGCGGAUUUGCUGGUUUUCCAGGACCUUUGGGGGAGAUGGGAAAAUCAGGAGAGCCAGGACCUGAAGGAGAGCCUGGGUAGACCGGGGGUCCCAGGAGGAACUGGAUUUAAAGGUCAAAAGGGACUAGAGGGUGUUUCAGGAAGUCAAGGACAGGAUGGGAUUCAUGGUGCACCUGUAUGGGCCAUGCAAACACAUUUUAAUAAAGAAAUAUCAUCAUGUUAGUUUGCCUAAUAUGACACUAAUAGUAAUAUGUGUUUCAGGGAUCCAUUGGA